AAUCCAUAUAUCUCACGUCGAUCAGACAACCUCGCGUGAUUGUCGACCAGGAUUUUAGUCCGGCGUAGUUCGGACCCUUGGUUUUCUUACCUCUCCCGCAACACAUUCAUCCCGGUAUGGCUACCAAUAUUCCGGACGACCGACUAUAUGAGUAUGCGCACAAAGUAAGGGGACAAACAGUUGUCAUAACAGGUGCAGCGAAGGGAAUUGGAAGGGAGACAGCGCUUGUGUUUGCACAGCACGGCGCCAAUGUCGUGAUUGGGGACGUCGAUGUUGCAGGCGCUGAAGAUGUCGUCGCGUCGAUCAAGAAGAAUGGCGGGGAGGCCAUCUCUCAGAAGUGUGACGUGCUCGAGUAUGAACAACUAGUGCAGUUAAUAGAACGAGCACUCACUAAAUAUGGCCGAAUAGACGCGAUUGUCGCAAACGCUGGUGUUUCAGAAAUUGGAAAACUAACUUCUGUGCAAUUGAAUGAGCAAGGCCUUCCCAUGAAGCCUAACCUCAAGACACUACAGAUAAACCUCAUUAGCGUCCUCCACACUACCCAACUUGCUUUCCACUACUUCACCAAAAACAAAAAUAAAGAUUCUUUGAAGGCGCUCGUUCUACUUGGGUCAAUGGCGUCAAUAUUAGGUGUACCUGGUGCACCACUGUAUGGUGCUUCAAAGCACGCCCUCAUCGGGCUUAUGCGCUCCAUAAGAGAGGAUUUCGCGCUACGCGGACUGCGCGUGGCGACGAUUUGUCCUUUCUUUGCUGAUACAGCAAUUGUUCCGCCCGCGGUGAAGGUGUUCAUGGCCGGUAUUCCGCUUGUCCCUGUCCCAAGAAUCGCAGGUGCCAUUUUGCUUGCAGCAACGGAUGAAGCACCCGAAUCGAACGGAGCUGCGUACACUCUCCCAGAUGAUCGUGAAGUGUUCCGUAUUCCGCCUGUGCAGAUUAACGAGGGUGUCUACAAGAUGCUUAAUGAUCGUGUGAAACGGUUGAAGAGUGUCGGUCGAAGUGUAAUCACCAUUGCGACACUAGUCAAACUGGCUGUGAGGUCACCGUUAACCAAGCUACUCGUCGGUGCUGUAGUAGGAUACAAGGCAUAUCAGAUCGCGCUUGCCAGGGGUCUAAUGUGAAUUUGUUUCUAUACUCGGGAUCGAAUAUUGUGCAGUCGAACAGGAUCUAGGAUAUCUCAACAGUCGGAUGGAAUUUCCGUCUUGUCUAGC